AUGCGAUAUAUACAUUACUAUCGUAAUUUGUUUCUACUGCUACUUUGGUCAAUAGUCGAUGCACGUUGGCCAUCACCUUUCGACGUACGUAUCGAUCAUCAUAAAGUGGAAACCAUUCAUGAUUUAGUUGUCAAUACACCACGACCUCGAUUUUCUUGGAAAAUUUCUGUUUCGGACAAUUUAUUACAACGAAAUGUUCAACAAAUAGCUUAUCAAAUGCAACUUCAAUCGAUUAAAUUAAUUCAACGAGAUAAACAAUUUGAAUGGGAUAGUGAACGUGUUAUAUCAUCACAAUCAAUUCAUGUACCAUAUACAGGUCUAAGUGACCUUUUACCAUCAAAAUAUUAUCGUUUUCGUGUACGAGUUUGGAUAACAAACUUAGAAGAACCUAGUGAAUGGACACAUUGGAUUCAAUUUCGUACACCUAUAUUCAAUUUACAUGAAUAUAUGACAAAAAAUGAUAAUCUUCUUUGGAUUGGUUCAACAAAAAUCAAUAUGAAUGAAUUAAGAAAAGAAUUCUUAAUUCCCAAUGCUAGUCCUAUUAAAUCAGCGAUUGCUUAUAUAUCUGGUCUUGGUUAUUAUGAAUUUUAUCUUAAUGGUAAUAAAGUAGAUCCCAGUCGAAAAUUGGAUCCUGGUUGGACAACAUACGAAAAACGUACUCUUAUUGUUUCAUUCGAUUUAUCAACGAAUAUUACGCCUGGUAUGAAUGCUGUUGGUGUUAAAUUGGGCAAUGGUUGGUACAGUCAAGAACAACAUGGUGAAUCUAACUAUGGGCCACCUCGUCUUAUUUUCAUCUUAAUUAUUACUUUUGAAAGUGGUGAAGAAAUGCAAGUUUUUAGUGAUCGAACGUGGACUGGUCGAGAAGGUUCUAUUAAACAUGAUAGUGUUUAUAAUGGUGAAAUAUGUGAUAGUCGAAAUGAUCGAUCUAAUUGGUCUCGAGCAGGAUUUAAUGAUUCUUUAUCAGCUUGGAUCAUACCUGAGCCAAUGUCAUCACCAAUAAAUAGUUCACGUAAUGGUAUGAUAGUUCUUCAAGAUAUGCCACCAAUUCGAGCUGGAUCAGAUGCAUUACAUUUUGAAGUUAUAAAAGAUAGUCAACAGCAAGGUUUUUUGAAUUUUGAAGAUCUAGGCGAGAUCAAAGGUGCAAAAUUAACCGAUGGCGGAACACUAAAACCUAUUGCCAUGUGGGAAUCCGAUUCAGGUGUUCGAACAUUUGAUUUGGGUCAAAAUAUGGCAGGAUGGUGUCGUUUGAGAUUUCAUGGUCCAUCUGGUUUUGGUGUUUAUAUUCGUCAUGGUGAAGUACUUACUCAACCAGUUAUAUCUACCAAUCAAUCUGCUCGUAAUAUCUAUACAGAAAAUCUUCGUGAGGCUACAGCAUCUGACACUUAUGUACUACGUGGUGAUCCUGUUAAUGAAAUCUACGAACCGACUUUUACUGUUCAUGGUUUUCGUUAUUUGUCUAUAUUUGGUUCACCAAAUUCGUUAUCAAUUGAUGAUGUUGAAUGUCCAUUUGUUCAUAGUGAAACAACAUUGAAAGGGCAUUUUUCUACGAGUAAUCCUGUCGUCAAUCAAAUUCAACAUAACAUUCAAUGGGGUCAAUUAAGUAACAUUAUGUCGUUGCCUACUGAUUGUCCACAACGUAAUGAACGUCGAGGAUGGAUGGGCGAUGCAGCAUUAAGUGUUGAUGAAGCAUUGUAUAAUUUUGAUUUAAUCAAAUUCUAUCAGAACUUUCUCAAUUUGAUCAUUGAUGUUCAACGAGACGAUGGUGAAGUACCUGAUUUUGUACCAGGGGACAGUUAUCCACCUGAUCCGAAUUGGGGCACUGCAUUACCAACAAUAACUUGGCAAGUUUAUCGACAUUAUAAUGAUGUUCAUAUACUAGAGGCUUAUUAUGAUCAUGUAGUUGCCUAUGUAGAAUAUUUUUGCAGAGUUUAUAAUUUAACAGGUCUUGCUAAUUUUCCUGUCAAAUAUGGAGAUUGGGUUCCACCACCACCACAACCAAUGACAAAUAGACAUUUAAUUUCAUCAUUUGCUUUUCUUCAUGAUGUUUAUCUUUUAAUUAACAUGUCGCAAGUACUUGGUAAGCAGGAAGAUACUAAAAAUUAUACAAUAUUAUAUCAAAAACUUGCCGAAGAAUUUCAUCAAGUAUUUUUUUCAACAUCAUCAAAUUUUUAUGCAGAUGGAAUGCAAGCAGCACAAGUUCUUGCUUUAGCAUUACCUGGAGUUGUACCGAGCAAUGUUCGAGAAUCAGUUAUCAAUCAACUCGUUAAUGAUAUCAAUCAAAAAGGUAUACAUGUAACAACAGGUAUCGUAUCUACAGCUCAAAUUUAUCCAGUUCUUUCUGACAAUGGACAUCAUGAUUUGGCACUUGAAUUAAUAUCAUCAACAACUUAUCCAUCUUAUGGUUAUAUGUUUACAAAUUCUUAUGAAAAUGCUACUACUAUAUGGGAACUUUGGAAUGCACCACUUACAGGACCUGGAAUGAACUCUCGUAAUCAUAUUAUGUAUGGUAGUGUCGGUGCAUGGUUUUAUUCACAUCUAGCUGGUAUUGAUAUUUCAUCAAACAUAAUUACUAUUCGACCUCGAAUGGCUUCUGAAACUAAAAAACAUCUUAUGUCAAAAUUAGAUUGUCAAUUAAGUACAUUAUAUGGUCUUGUACAUGUUUCUUAUACACGUGAUGAACAUGAUAUAGUUGCCAAUUCAAUUUUACUUCAUGUUACUAUACCACCAAAUGCACGAGCACGUGUUAUAUUUGAGCCAUUAUUUAUUGGUGGACAAUGUCGAACAUUGAUUGAAGGUCAACAGGUUAUAUGGUCAUCGGAUGUUAGUAAGAGACAUGUUGAAGGAUUUGAUAUUGAAAAAGAUUCAACAACAGGCUUAAUGACAGUUUAUAUUGGCUCAGGUCAAUAUAAAUUUCAAGCAUUAUGGCAAUAG